GAUGAUUUCAUUUUCCAUAUUAAUCUUAAACACCAUAGUGAUUGAAUUCAGGCGAAAUUCAUUUCCAACAUUUUUCAUCAUCAUUGAAAGUCCUUAGUAACUAAAAAAAAAUAAUGAAACUUUUGAUUGAUUAAAAAGAAAAACAAGAAAAAAAGAGAAAAACUAAAAAAAAAAAGAAAAAAACAUUUUCAUGAUGAUUUAUUUAACACGUUGGUCCAUGUUAUAUACAAGUUUAUUUAUAUUAGUCUAUUUAAUUUAUCAAUCAAAAUUAAUAUGGACAUUAUCUAAUUCAUCUAUUUAUUCCUAUACAUAUACUACUUAUAUCCCAUCAGUAGUAUUCAAUAGUCAUGAAUUAGUAGUAAAUAAGAAUCAUCAUCAUCAUCAUCAUCCUAAUCAAAUUCAAUUAAAUUGUCCAUUAAUUCAUGCCCAACAUGGUGAUUUAUUAAUGAUUUUUCAAUCAAAUUUACCUAUUCAUCAAGUGAUAUUAAAUGAGACCAAUUUAAAAGUUCAUUAUAUAUUGAAUAUUGAUCAUCAUGAUUAUAAUGAUUAUACUACUAAUUAUUGGUGUAAAUUACAUCGUCCAAUGAAUAAUCAAUAUGUUAUCAUAUCAGAAAUUCAAUUAAUUCUUACAUCGAAUCUAACUUAUGAAACAUUUGUCUAUGAACGUAAAGAAACUCAAAUUGUUGAAGGUGUUUUAGGUGAGAAAUUAAUAGUGACAUGCAAUCCAACAACUUCUCAAAAUAAUUGGAAUAACAAAAGCAUCGUCUGGUAUCGAUUACCUGGUUUAAAAAUUAAUGGACAAAUCAGCCCUAAUUUAUACAUUGAUAGAUUGACAAUUGAUGAUUUAGGUACUUAUUUCUGUUCCGAACAUUCAACAUCAUUACAUCGUAAUUUACCAGUGCAAAAAAUUGAAAUAUGGUCACAUAAUUUUAUGUCAGAAAUUAAUUUUGGAAAAUUGAUUACCUCUGAGAAUCUAACCUAUUUCCAAUGCCCUAAUGUAUUCAAUGAAUAUACAUUUGUAAUAUGGGAAUAUCCUAUGGGUAAUGUAAUUGUGAAUGAAUAUGAUUAUAAAUUUGAACAUCCUUUACAAUUACAUCAUACUAAACAUCCAUUACCAAUAUGUCAAUAUGGUUGGAUUGAUCAAAUGAAUACAACAAUAGACCAGCAUACUUAUUUAAAACGUGCACGCAGAUCCAUUGAAUCAAUUCCAUAUAUUACCAUCUCAAAAAGAAUUGAUCCUGAUGAUCCAACUGUUAUUUUACAAUGUCAUAUGCCGCCAAAUGAAGCAGAAAGUGUAUCAUUUAAUUAUCAAUGGUCAACAGUGGAAAGUGGAAAGAUUGGUGAUAGUGAAACAAUAGUUCGUCAACUAAUUAUUGAUCAUAUACCAGAUGAUGGUGUCAAACGAGAUACAUCAAUAACUUGUGAAGUAACUUCAUCUGAAACUGGAGAAAUUGUUGGUUCAAUUAAACUUGAUUUAGAACCUAAAUCUCUCAGUACAACUGGGAAGAUGGAAUUAUCUGAAACAACAACAGAGAUUUUCAGUUAUCGUAAUGGUGAAUCAUUGGAAUUACAUUGUGAAUUAGAAAAAGAUUUUGUUGGAACAGGAGAAAAUGUCAUCUGGACAUUCAAUGGUGGUACAUUACCAACUGGUACUAAUCGUUUAGAUAGAUUACGAACAAGUGUAAUUGUUAUUAAAGAAAUGGAAAAUAUUCAUGAAGGUCUUUAUGAAUGUCAACAAAAUUCGAAAAAAUUACGAGGUCAUAUCAUCAGAGCACCAACUAUUGUAACACUUAGUAUCCUACCAAAAGAAGAUGAAGCAUGGGCAAAUGCUGGUGAUAUUACUGAAUUUCAUUGUCGAUUAGAUGGUAGAGAAUAUGGUAAUCAAUUAAUCGAUUGGUAUUUUAUACCAGAAGGUGAUGAUCGUGAAAUUUCACUACAUAAUGAUGUUAAAAUUGAUAAUCCUGAUGCAACACCAUCUACAUCAUUUUUAAGUAUAAUGAAUGUACAAAAAUAUCAUGAAGGUUUAUAUGUGUGUAGAGCAUUAAAUUUAAGAGAUACUGCUAAAUUAAUUGUGAAAACAAGAGAUUUGACUGUAACUCCUGAAGAGGUUAAAGCACGUCCUGGAACAACUGUACAAUUUUUAUGUGAAUUAUCUACAAUUACCGGUAUGAAAGGUGGUAAAGUAUUCUGGAUGCGUACAGAUCGUCAAGAUUUACGUCCUGGUAAAGAAGAAGUGAUAGGAACAAAUGGUGGUAGAGCUUUAUUAAUUGUUAAAGAUGUUGGUCGAUUCGAUCAUAAUAUAUCUUACAUGUGUACAGAUGGUUAUAGCAAAGGUUAUGCAAAACUAUACGUCCAAGAAGUUUGUGCACCAGGAUUUCGACCAUGUGGUUCACAAGAAUGUUUAGAAGAGACAAAAUUUUGUGAUGGAGUAGUGGAUUGUGAAGAUGGUUAUGAUGAAAUUCCUUCAAAAUGUAGUGAAUGUGGUGUCAAUGAAAAUGUUUGUGGUAUUGUGAAUGAUGUGAAACCAUUGAAAAAUUGUUAUUUACAAUUUUGGCAUUGUGAUGGUGAAGAUGAUUGUGGUAAUAAUUAUGAUGAAUCUAAUUGUCUUGCACCAAGUGUUUAUGAUCAAUGCAAUGGUACACAUUAUACUUGUCCACAAGGUGACAAAAUGAUAGCUCGAGCAUUUAUGUGUGAUUCAGUGCCAGAUUGUGAACCAAACGGAGAUGAUGAAAGUGAAUGCAGUUAUCCAAGUAUCAUUGAACCAUCUGGAGAAACACAUUUAAUAGGUCAUCAAUCAGAAAAUUUAACUUUAACAUGUGUAGCAUAUGGUCGACCACCUCCUACUAUAAGUUGGAGAUAUAAUUGGGGACAUUUAAGAGAAGGUGUAAAACAUUCUAUUAAUUAUACAGUUAUAAAUUGUAAUAUGGCAAUAAGUCAUUUAACUUUAUACGAUUUGGAAUCACGUGCAAGUGGUUUAUAUACAUGUGAAGCUGUGAAUCGUGGUCGUGCAUUAGCACCAGAUUUUUUAGUUAAUGUAGCUAAAGGUGGUAUUUGUAAAGCGCCACAAUUUAAUGAUGCGGCAUGGUUUGAUGAUAUGUGUUUAACAUGUUAUUGUUCAAAUGUAACAGAUAAAUGUACAAGUGUAAAAGGUUAUCGAAAGUCACCUGUAAGAUUUGUUUUUUCAUUAAAAUUGACAUUUUAAAGUUGUUUAUAUGGGAAUACUCCUUCUCCUUCUCCUCCUCCUCCCCCUCCGCGUGCGAGUCCCGUAUACGGGAUCAUGGAUGCGCACUUCUGAGGAGUUCCACAAUAAAACGAAACGGCCGUCCAGUGCUUUCAGUUUUUCAAUGAUGGUCUAACAUCAAUCGGCUCAUGAUCUCGGAGUGACGGAUAUUUGAAAUAUCAUCAAUGAACUUAAGAAUGUACAUGCUGUUAAGCUGUGCUGAGAAUUAGUUUGAUUGAAAUUACGUGCAUAUUUUAUUUGUAAAAUCUAUUAACGGUUCGAAAAUGUGACUAGACCAUACAUUUUAGUUUAUUAACUCACAGUAACUAAUGAAAUGAAGAAUAAUAUCGAUAUGGAUACUCAGUAGUUUACUUGAUAACUUCUACAUUCAUUUGGGAAUAUAAGCAAAACAAUUCUGUAAUAACUUGCUUACUUACUUAUGUCUGUUACUCCUCAUCGUGGAGUAUAUGCCAUCCACCAGUACUCUACAUCCUUUUUAGUUGCUAAUCAUCAUUUUCAUGUAUGCUUCAAAUUCUCAACGUAGUGUGUUUUUCGACCCUCCACUUUUCUGUUUCCCUUCAGGAUUUCAAGUUAGGGCUUGCUUCGUGAUGUAGUUUGAUGAUUUCUUCAAUGUGUGGCCUAUCCACUUCCAUCAUCUUUUCCUAAUUUCGUCUUCAGGUCCAAGCUGGUUUGUUCUCUUCUACAGUAGACUGUUGCUGAUGGUAUCCGGUUAACGGACAUUGCGUAUCUUGUAUAGACAACUGUUUAUAAAUACUUGUACAUUUUUGAUGAUGGUUGUAGUAGCUCAGUAAUAUUCAGCUCCAUACAAUAGAAUUCGUAUUGAAGAUUCUGACUUUAUUGUUGACUGGUAGACAACUAUUUUAUGUUCCAUAUGUCCUUCAACUGUAGGAAUAUUGUCCUUGCUUUUCCAAUCCUUGCCUUUUCGUCUACAUUAGACCCUCCUUGUUCAUUGAUGAUGCUGUCCAGGUACAUGAAAAUUUCCACCUCUCCCAGAGUUUCUUCAUCAAGUAUGACUGGGUUAUAUUUGAGGAUGUUGAGUUCCGUAAGAAACAAUUAUCUAAUUAUGACUAACUGGACAGCAGCAUCAAUUCAACCCCUUCUGUAUGUGGGGCAUUUUCUUCUCCAUGGCCGGAGUAUAACAGAAUCUCCCCUGAAGCUAGUCAUUGUUGUCCAACUUUCGUCCAAUGUGUUUCACUGAUCCCAAGCACCUCUAGGUCGUAUCUCCUCAUUUCUGCAGCAAUUCGGAAAACUCUCCUGGUCUCCCACCUUGUACGAGCAUCCCAUGUACCUAAAUAAUUGGUUGCGCUCGUUGUCAAAAGGGGCAUCGGCCUUGUGACUCCCGAAGGAACUCGGCUUUCACCAUGAGGCAUCGCAGUUCUUCUAGAUGAAGACCUUCUGAUUCCCAGGGCAGAGUUUAAAAGGUUUCAAUAAUUAUUUCUGGUUAGCGUUUUUUUAACGAGUUAGUUUUCUACGGGAUGGGGUCGCUAACCCCAUGCCCAACCCUCCUCCUUUAUCUGGGCUUGGGACCGGCAGUAGUUCCCACAGGGACUCCAGGCAGAGUUGGUCAUGAUUAAUUACUGAUUGUUAUUCAUAAUUAACAUGUAAUUCACUUGAUGUGACAUUGUACCAUAUGAAAAUGUAUAUAUGUAUGCAUAAAAUGAAAUCCAUUUCAGAAAGAAACUUGACCUUUUUAAGCUUUAGUCAUGGUCGUAUUAGUCAUUAUGACAAAACGAAAAGUGGUUGAGAAUCAAUUGGACCUGUCAAAAUAUAUGUUGACAGAAAAGUACUUAUCGUUACCUAUUUACUUGUUUAAUUUUUUUAAAAGGUUGAAAACAAAUUUCAACAUAAUAACUAACUUAACAUUAAAAGUACAAUUUUUCUGAUGUCAUUACUACUGAAUGAUAUCAAUGGAUAUAGGAGUUAACAAACCGUAGAUCAUAACUGUAGAUGAUCUAUGUCGAAUGAUUGUAGGCCUACUCGAGUUAGACGGGAAUGGUGUGACAAACCAGUUAACUUAGAGAUCACACUUUGAUGUCAACAUCUAACGUGAAUUACUCCUUCGACGUAUCAAAGUGAUAUGGUUGCUUUGAAGACUGUAUAACACAAAGAAGAAUGUUAAGGAAAUAUAUUAGUAAGAAUGAGUACAGUGAAGAUAGCGAGACCACGACGGCAUGCGUCAGUCCAUGACAUACAAUUAACUGAUGCGCGUUGGUUGUCCUCGACCUUGACAGGGAUCGAUGAAUUGUUCGAUAUUCAGUAACCAAACUAUCGAGUGAUUUGGUUAGGGCCCUACACAACCAUAUUCAUCUGCCCUCAUUUACUAAUCUAAAGAAAAUUUCAUAUUUCAGUUAAUUGCACUAAAUUCAUUGAUGUAUGUAAACCUUUGGAUUAAAGAAUUUUAUCUCUACUGAAGUCAAUCGGUUAUUCUAUUUCUAUUGGAUUUAAUAGUACAACUGAUAAUGAUGAAGAUUUGUAGCUCAGUUGGAUGAUUUUGAUAGAAUUUUAUUCUCUGAACUCGAUAGUUUGGUCGUAGAUCGUUCAUUGUUCUUCUGAACAACAUCAUCAACACAAACUUUAGAUAGAAUUUUCAGUUCAGAGAACAAAACUCUAUCAAAAUUACAAUUGGUCUAUGUUCAAAAGUCCUAGAUAUUUUCUGAAGCAUCUACACUUUCACAUUCAACUGUAUUUAUAUUUUGAUCAAUUCAGUUCAAUGAGAGUUUGAAUAAAUACAAAGUAUUAAUAGGAAAUAUAUGAUAUUGAUUGAGAUGAUGAAUCGAUUAAUGUUAGAUCACCAUGAAAAACCUGGAAGCAUUGGAUGGCCGUUUCUUCAUCAGUGCGCAUCGACGAUCCCAGGUCGCGAGAUUCGAACCCAGAACCUAUCAGUUUCGUUCAUGAAUACUUGACCUCUAGACCACCGAACCGACCAGCAUUCAACGGUAUUAAUGUCUAACUUCAAUCAAUCUAUCAUUGUCUUCAGUGAGUUACUAUUUCACAACAGAUCUGGUUGAACUCCGAAAUGACCGUCCAUUGCUUCAAGGUUUUCCAUGAUGGUCUCACUUCGAUUGACUUAUGAUUUCAAUCCGUGAAAUUUCUAAAAUCUCCACAACAAAAACCCUUUCUGAUAAUAAACUAUAUUUGUUUAUCUUAUUUGUUUGAUUAUCUAAUCACUAUACAUCCAUGUGUUGUAAUCUC